AUGUCAUUACCUUUGAUUAGUGUCUUACUACUUCUGCAGCCCUUACAAACGGCAUGUGAGAUGAUAAAUAUUAACUGCCGUACAUACCCGAAGCCAAGUGUCUACCAGGAUGGGGACCUGGCCCUGGCUGGGUUUUUCCCCCUUUAUAGUAUGGAGGAACAAGGUACACUUACACAAAAUUUUCUGAUAAGGCCAACUCAAGAAGUGAGAGAUGACUGGUACCACUGGAAGAACUACCAAGGUGUAUUGGCCUUUCUCUUUGCCAUUGAUGAGAUCAAUAAGAGCUUCCAUUUGCUCCUGAACCUUUCCCUGGGUUAUGAUCUCUACAAUGCAUUUCCCAGUGACAGAAAAACAUUACAAAAUGCUCUGUUAUUGCUCUCUGGAGGAAAUAAGACCCUUCCAAACUACAACUGCCAGACACAGAAACAACCUGUUGCUAUCAUUACAGGAAACAUACCAAAAUUUUCAGCCCAAAUUGGAUCCCUUUUGGAACUCUACAAAAGCCCACAGGUCACAUAUGGUCCUUUUGACCCCAUCCUAAGUGAUAAAGACCAAUUUUCAUCAGUUUAUCAGAUGGCCACCAAGGACAGCUCUCUGGCUCAUGGAGUAAUCUGGUUGUUGCUGCAUUUUGGCUGGACA